AUGAACAGCAUCCUACUUGUCACCUUGUUGGUGUUCCUCGGAACACAAGGCUAUGAUCAUCAAUCUCAUGCCUUGACCCUCAAAAUCAAACACCAUCCCUUCCCCUUCCCCAAUAUCCUCAACAAAGCUUCUGCUUCUGCGCCAGUGACAAAGGUAUUCUCUGGCCUCUUCUAUACCCACCUGUAUGUCGGAACUCCGCCCGUGAAAGUCAACCUCGCCGUUGACACCGGCAGCAGUCCCACAUGGGUCCAGUCUGCCCACUGUACGGAGUGCUUCCAAGUUUCGUUGCCCAAUUUCGACCCCAACAGUUCACUCACUUUCCAGCCUAUGCCCUCCGACCAUCCACUCUGUCACGGUACAUGGCUUGCUCCGAUGGGAAAUUUAUGCAAGUACGGGAUUGAAUACCUCGGAAACCAGGUCACUACAGGUGACUUCGGCCUCGACACCUUCUACUUCACCACAACUCCAAACGACCAAGUUGGGCAGCAGCAGCGGCAAACACAAAUCCAUAAUGUGGCAUUUGGCUGCGGUAUCAUCAACCGCAUCCCAGAUUUCGCCGGAGAUGCCCAUCAUGCCAAUCCAAUGUCUGGAAUUCUGGGGUUGGGGAGGGAUGAUCCCUCCAGCUUCCUACUCCAGCUGAGCGAUAUCACGUUGCUGAAAUUCUCCUACUGCCUGCCGAGACGUGUUGGAGACGAGGCGUCUCUGUUUUUCGGCGAAGAGGCAGAGCUCAAAGUUCCUGCGGGUCAAAUCCAAACAACGCCAAUUGUGGGGCCAUCAGAUGAGUCCUAUUAUUUAAACAUGACGGUUUAUCAAGUCGUGCGGAAGGCAAUGGUCUCGUACUUUAUGGAUGAGUGGCUGUUGCAGCCCCUGCCUCCCAACAAAACUAGGUCCAAAAUAGACCUUUGCUAUGACAUCACAGACAUAGCAGCAGCAGCAGCAGGACGAAGAGGCGGGCUGUUUUCGGUUGCGCCGCCGAUGGUGUUUCAGUUUGAUGGCGCCAGCCUUGAGCUGAACCACGAGACGACCUUCCAAAUUUUUUACGAAUUCAAUGAAUUCUGCCUGAUGAUAGAAUCAGCGAACAAAUUUGAAUCCACAAACAUCUUCGGAGCAUUCCAGCAGUUCAACCACAGAUUUGUAUAUGAUGUUGGGGCAUCCAAGUUGUCAUUUUUCCCAGAAAAAUGCUGA